GCGAACUGCCCGUGUCCGCUCCAGCUGAGAGAGCGCGAGGACUAUCGGUGGUGUUGGUGGUGGACGUCGCGCGGCCCAAACACAGACCUAAGCCCGUGCGAAGAUCCACCGGAUCCACAAAAAAAGUACAGACGGAGAGAGGAAACGUCCCCCUCCUCCCCCCGACGGACAGCAGAGCGCGACAGCCGCGGAGAGGAACACCAAUAUACAACUUGUCAUCUGACCAACAGUCACCGCUCUCGUCGCUGUGUGCGUUUUUUUGUUGUUGCACACACUGUUUCCACUCGGUUGUUUUGUUUUGACGGAGGUCUGCUUUAUUGCAACUAUUUAGCGAUCUUCUUUUUGAUUGUCGGACGGUUCAUUCGGGAUAUAAUUCUACAAGUUUUAAUUGUAACAUUUUCCCGUUUGUGCAGUGAGCGGGUUUCACAGUCAUUUUGACGUCUUUGUAUUUUCUAUAUGGACAGUAUUCUAAAUUAGAUGGUCUGACUGUCGCUCCUACGCCGCUCAUUUUAGAGUACAGCUUGAUCGACUGGAGAACAUUUAACCGCAAUGGAAUAUUUCGAUGAAAACAUUUCUGCAAGGCAAUAAGAAACUGCACAACAUCAAGUAAAAGCCAUACAGCAUUCCUGUCCUAUUGGUAGACUCUCUGGUCAGUUGGCCACGCCCCUUUGAGUGCCCCCUGUAUUUUAUACGACCCCAUCUGGCCCAGGAUGUCCAGGCAGCUCUCCCAGCUUCCGAACCCCGACGUCCCAGCUGGUGCAAGCGCACAGUUUGGAAGUUGUACCCAGCCUGCAGGCUCCCUCACAGGGGGGCAUCUCACCUCUAUGGCGGGUCUGAAAUCCCUCCUGCAGCACCCCAUAAAGGGAGACCAACGUUCCAAACCCCCAUGUGAUGUAAAAGAUGGGGGCCUCUUCCAGCUUCAGUACAUGGACUUGGAGGAGUUUCUGACCGAAAAUGGAAUGGGCAGCAUGCAUAACAACAACAGCUCCAGCUCAGCCCAGAUCCCCUCGCAGAGCUCCCAGUCAGCUGUGCCCAAUCAGAGCUCCCAGUGCCUACCGCCCUCAUCCCCACCUGGCUCUUCAUCUUCAUCGCCGUCUUCCUCUUCUUCCCCAUCGCUCAUUGGUCUGGAGGUGGUUCAGCCACAAAACCUUGGUGGAGGAAAUGACUGUUUGCAUGGGAGUCAGACGAGUAUGAACGACUCCUGUGAGUCUCCCUGUUCUUCCUCCUCGUCCUCCUGUCCUCCUCUGCUCGAGCCCACGGACAGCGGACCCGAUGGGCAGGGGAUGUUUGACAUGGAUUCUUCGGACAUGGAUAUGUCUGGCCAGCCGAACUACGACCCCAGGAGGCACUCCUUCAGUGAAGAGGAGCUCAAGCCACAGCCCAUGAUCAAGAAGGCCCGCAAGAUCCUGGUGCCCGACGGCAUGAAGGAUGAUAAGUACUGGAGCAGAAGGUAUAAAAACAAUGAAGCAGCAAAGCGUUCUCGAGAUGCUCGCCGUCAUAAGGAGAACCAAAUAUCUGUUCGUGCCGCCUACCUGGAGAGAGAGAACGCCACCCUCCGACAGGAAGUGGCGGAGAUCCGAAAGGAGCUUGGCCGCUGUCGCAGCAUCCUUAGUAAAUACGAGAACCGCCUCUCCGACCAGUGAUGAAGGCGUGCAGCUAAAUCAGGAAGAGGAGGAAUAUAACCUGGAUAACAUUUAUGACUUUUUAGGGGUGGCACAUUGGACAGAAUUGGGUCAAGCAAGGGUGAUGAUGAUGAGGAAGAUGAUUAUGAUGAUGAAUGUAGAAGACAAGGAGAAGGUUUGUGUAUCGAAGCUCAGGUGUCUUGUUUUGUUGAGGUGUCAGCUCUUAAAAGUGAAAGGUGGAGAGAGUAAUUUAACAGAUGAAGAGAUGUGACUUUUAAGAGUUUUGUUAUUGGAGAAUUGUAUAUUUUUAUAAUACUUACGAAAAAUUAUAGGGUGAGCAAAUUUGGAGGAUAAUUUUGUAUAUUUUCUACAUAGAGACGGGGGGGGGGGGAAAGCUAUGGUAAAUAUCUUUUUAUUAUAGGUGAGUCAGGAGAUGUUUAACAGGUGGUCAGCCAUCGAUGGGUAUUUUUCGUCUUGAUUACUUUAGUCAGGAUGCAGCAGCAGGGGCAAGGACGCGUGUAACAAUUGUAAUAUAGAGAGCAAAAAGUAUCUUAUAAUCGUAUAGUUCAACAUUUUUGUGGAUUUUAUUCAAGCACUUAAUUUGUUUCCUGUUUUAUUUCUAUCACUGGGGAGGGGCAUGCUAGAGGGAGGCAACAUAAGGGACAAGUGGGACACCAUGUAAACAGUCCUGCACUAUCAACAUUGUCUUGUGAGUCCUUUUAUUAUAUAUAUAUAUAUAUUUGAGUUCCCCAACAAUAUAAGUUCUUUGUACUUUAAGCUUCAUGCAAUUGGUACAUCUUUCUCCAGUCCAUACUCUUAUCUUUGACCCCAUCCACUUUUCUCUAUCCCAGUUGAGUGCUUUUAAUCUACUCUGGUGUCUUGUAUCUCAGAUAAACUGCUAAAAAGCCUGUUGUGGUGCCCCAGGUUCCUAUUCUCCCUCUUCAUCCUCUCUUUUGAAUUGAUGGGACGUUUCUCUUCCUCUGUUUCUAUAUCCUACUUCUCUAUUUCUGCUCUCACUUAUAGCCAAUCCUCUUACAGUUACGUGCAAACUCUUCCCAUAACAGUUUAUCCCUGAGUUUCUCUUGUACUGCUGCGGUACAUAGAGCAGUUAUAUCUCAGUGUUGUAUUGUACUCUGAAAUAGUAUCAAUCUGCCCUGUAAAACGCACUUCGUUACUUUACUGUUCUUCAUGAACACACUUUAAUCAGCAUUAAUAUAGGGGGAGAAAGGUUGUUGUAUAUUGGAUAGGCCUAUACUGUUUUGUGUAUUUGAUGUAUUCCAGGAGAUGGUUUGAAACCCCCAUUGAGUGGAAUGGAGUUAAAUUCUCAGAUUCCUGGGAGAAAUACAAGCCAAAAUGUCCUAUCUUGAUCCACACAAGCUUGUUGGUAUUUAGUGCUAUUUCAAUAAUGCUCCUUCCUUACUGUUUACUCCUGUUAUUACUCUUUACUUUUUACUGUAUCUAAAAACUUCUCUGUGCAUCCACAACACCUUCACAGGGGGCAUGGUACACUAUGUUAUGUUGUGGGGAGGGAUGACAAGUAAUGGUGUGAUUUUAUUCCCCUCAAUGACCAUGAUGAAUAGUAACGAUUACUGCUAUUAUUAUUAUUAUUAUUAUUGUGAUUAUAAUGAUUAUCCCUUUUGUUGUUGCUGUUCUAUAUUAUUGAAUGAUUUUCUUUCUUUCGAUGAUCUGUUGCAAUUUGAAACAUCUUUGAUCUUCAGUGUUCCUAAGAAAGACAAUUCAAAUGGAGAAAAAAAACCUCGCUCAGCUAUUUGCAUCCUGUCUCAGACCUCCAGACAUUACUCUACGGACACUACUGCCACCUAGGUUUCUUUGACCAUGGACUUCACAAGCGUGGCUCGAUAACUUGAAUAUGACAUUCAUUACUUUACCUUUCGUGAUGACCUCUUCGGUUCCCCGGCAGUGUACGGACUAUGCACACUUUCAAUAUGCUCCUUGUUUGUUUAUUUCAGCCUUUAUCACCUCAGUCAGUGAUUGUUUGCUCUCCCAACAGGAUCUAGUCUCUAAUAUCCUCACAGAUGUGGUUAAAAAAAUAUUUUAGUGACUCUAAUUGAACUACAACUUCCCUGCUGCAUCAGUGGUGUCCAUGUUGGCCCACAGUGCUGGUUAUUCGGAUGUAGUUGAGAUUUUUCCAAAAACACCAAUAAAAGAUUGUUCUCAUUCA